AAUUGAUUGUAUGUAAAAAAAAGAAUAACUUAGCUUUGUUGUGUCAAUUUAAAUAAUAAUAUUAUGAUGUUUUAUUUGUUCCUCCAUAAUCAUAGUGCUUAAAUUCUCUCUUCUGCGUAAUAAGGCUGUAAUUUCUAAUAAUAAAUUAUUUUCAUUUUACUAAAAUGCCUAGCCAAUAUGAAGAAGAACGUGGUUGGGAUUCAUCCAACCACAAUCAAUACGAAGAUGAAGGUGUUGAUGAUGUUAUCGAAAAUCCUGAAGAAGUUCUACAAGAAUGCUUGGAAAAAUUCAAAACCCCAGAUUAUAUUAUGGAACCAGGGAUAUUUAGUCAACUGAAACGAUAUUUCCAAGCUGGAGGCAAUCCUGAACAAGUUAUUGAACAACUUUCCAUUAAUUAUAGUGCAGUAGCUCAAAUGGCUAAUCUUUUGGCAGAAUGGCUUAUACUUGGAGGUGUAAAAGUAACAGAAGUACAAGCGAUGGUAGAAAAUCAUCUAAAAGACAUGAUACUAAAAACUUUUGAUCCAAAAAAGGCUGAUACUAUAUUCACAGAGGAGGGUGAAACACCAGCAUGGCUUACGGAAAUGAUUGAACAUCCUACUUGGAGAUCAUUGAUAUACAGACUGGCAGAAGAAUAUCCUGACUGCCUUAUGCUUAACUUUACAAUAAAGUUGAUCUCUGAUGCUGGCUUUCAAGGGGAAAUCACAAGCAUAUCAACAGCAGCACAACAAAUUGAAGUAUUCUCAAGAGUAUUAAAGUCUGCUAUAGUGGGAUUUCUACAGAGUUCUGAUGACUGGCAAAACAGUGUCAAUGAGUGUGCUAAAAUGGUUUGCCAUGGAGCUCACACAUAUGUUUAUAGUCAAGUAAUUGUGCAUAUACUGUCUCAAGAGCCGAGGGGUGGUGCAAUUAUGAAAAGAUUAGGUCAAGAAAUAACACGAUGUGCUCAACAAGGUGGUCAUGAUGUUACACCAAUAACGUUAGCAUUAACAGCGGGAGAAUCAUGGCGGAACGCCCGCACCGCAUUGGCGGCGAUGCUGUCACGCGGCGCUCUAAACCCAGCCGACAUAUCCGUCCUGUUCAGAGCGUAUACACAACCUGAACCACCUCCUGUGCAUCUACUGAGGAUACCACAAUUCUUAGAACUCCUCGUUGAUGCAUUAUUCAAAUUGGGUAGUAAAUUAAAUCCAGAACAUAAACCAAAAUACAUUUAUCUUUUGGCGUACGCGGCCAGUGUGUGUGAAGGUCUUACACCAGGAAGGCCAGUAAAGGAUGAACUGAAAGCGACUGUUCAAGCUAUUGAGAAAGUACACGUUGUAUGCAGUAGCUCUGCCAGUUCAAGCGAACUGAUUGCUGAAUUACCCACUUUGUACCAUUGUAUAAGAUUCCCUGUAGUUGGUAUGGGUGUACUUGUAUGGGUAGAAUGUGUUGUAACAGAACCGUCUUAUUUCAAACUUUGUACAGAACAUUGCCCUGUUCAUUUGGCCCUCCUGGACGAAGUGGCAUCAUGCCAUCACUUGUUACAUCAUAGACUGUUGCGAUUACUAGUGCAACUGUUUGAAUCACCUCAAGACGAAUUGGAAAUAUUAGUUCAGUUGGAAUUGAAAAAGAUGCUUCUUGACCGCAUGGUAAACCUGCUCAGUCGCGGUUGCGUUGUUCCUGUUCUACGUUAUAUAAAGCAAUGUUGGCAACGUGGUGACACAGACAUUUCGUUGAUCAGAUACUUCAUUACAGAGGUACUUGAUGCUAUAGCACCACCAUACACUCCUGAAUUUGUGCAACUAGUUUUACCUAUGGUAGAAAAUGAGGAAAUAACGGGAACAAUGAGAGCAGAGGGCGAAAAUGAUCCAGUCUCCGAAUUUAUAGUUCAUUGCAAAGCACACUAUGUCGUAGUAUAAGGAAACCAAAUAAGUGUAAGAUAGAACUCUUCUAUACAUAAAUGAAAAAGGCUACACAUAUGAAGAAGGAAAAUAUCAAAAUUUCAAUAUAAGUUUAUUGAUGUCCAAUUAACACUGAAAGCUCUACCGUUCUACUGAAUAAAUAAGACUACAAUCUU